CAACGCUUAGAACGUGCAAAGUGCACCCACCUUUUCUUCUCAAGAAGAAGAAGACCUAGUCGCAAUUUUUCUUGGAAAUAAAUCAUCUUCUCAUCACCAAUCAAAUUCUUACUAUUGGCUCCUCUUCAGUUUCUUCUCCAUAAGCAGUGAAAGAGAUACAUAGUAAGAACCGGAGAUGGACUUUGUGCAGAGAAAAGUGAACAAUUUAGGAAGUAAAGUUGCUACUUUCCCUUAUGUUGAAACCAUUGGAAGAGCGCUUUUUUCCUCCUCCUUCUUCUUCUCUGCUUGGCAUGAUUACAUGGAGCUUAGCUCCAAUUGGGAAGGAGCAGAGGAUUACUGGAGACCAAAGUUCGGAUAUUCAGGAGACCAGAUUAAGCAUCUUAUGGCAAUUAGUAUCAUAGUGAAGACGCUUGGCGGACUUAUCUUCAUCUAUGGCAGCUUCUUUGGAGCUUUCCUAUUGCUUCUACACCAAGGCAUUAUUACAAUGAUCCAUCACGAUUUCUAUAGCCAUCGUGUCGACAUUGAACAAUUUGGACUCCUUUAUCUCAAAUUCAAAAGGAUCCUGAACGAAACGGUGUCUUACGAGACCGUUAACAAUUUCUACAAGUCAAACUUUGACGAGCAGCAUGUUGAGAAUGUCAUAUCAAAAUUCCGUGAGCUUACGGAUCAGGCAGCUACAAACUCUUCAUUGUUCGGACAUAACGAGUUUGUUCAGCAUCUCUUAAGCUUCAUCAAAGGAUUGGCCGUAGUAGGAGCAUUGCUCUUUUUCUUGACAAUGAAACACAAACUCAACAAAGCUAAAAAGGAAUCCAAAGUUAAAACUGACUAAAACUAUCCCACUUUCUAUAUAUUAUUUUCUUUAAAAAUAAAUCUUGUGAUUCUCUGUGUCUUUUAUGUGUUAAAUCUAGGCAUUGAAUCAUUUUGGCUAAUGAACAAA